AUCCUGCCUCCCUCGUCUUCGCCGCGACGGUGAUCAGCCGUCAGCCGGUAAUCGAGUAUCGUCUCUGUCUUUCUCGUUCAGCCUCCUUCGUCCACAAUCGCGGCGGCGGCGGAAAAGUUGGCGAGUUCUGUUACUGUUACUAAGGGAACCACACUUUCGAAAAACUUAAUAUGUCUCUAAGGCGUUAUUUUGGGUGGUCGGAUGGGGAGCUGAUGAGGUCAGAUUGCAAGCCUUGUUCCAGAUUAAUGAGGCAGACAGCUGGGAUUUGCACUGUUGGAGGAGCACUGGGAUUCUGGGUUCUCUGCAGAUUGCAUUAUGGUCUGCUCUACUCUUUUAGUACCUUUUGCUAUUCUGUUCUCAAGUCUAUGUAACUUGGAUACCCAUUAUUUUGUGUGCUUGGUUCUCAGCUGUUAGCUCUAUUGUUUGUGAUGAACUGAAUUUUAAUUUUACUUGUUAAAUGAUGUGCUUUGGUUGAGUAUACAUCAUCGUUAAUAUGGUUCUGAUAAAAUAAUUUCAUUGAA